GCCUCAUCACUCUCAUUUUCCAGUAAGCGAGCUCAAAGUUCAAUCACUAGAAACCAGCCAAUUAAUUAAUUUUCCUGUGUAAAGCUUUUCCAGCAUCUCCUCCAAUGGGAAGAUCGAGCUCGGUGGUUGGGACGAUUCUAGCCUUAUGGGCGGUCCUCGUCGUUCCAGGGGAAUGCCACGCGCCGUUCUUUAUCUUCGGGGACUCGCUCCUAGACGCCGGGAACAACCAAUACCUUAACAACUCCCACAAGAGCACCCUUCCCUAUGGCGAGACCUUCUUCAAGCGCCCGACUGGGAGAGUCUGCGACGGCCGAAUAGUUCCCGACUUCUUAGCGGAAUUUGCGAAUCUGCCGCUUAUUAAACCAUACUUGGAGCCUGGGUUCAGCAAUUACACGGAUGGAGCAAAUUUCGCGUCUGCUGGAGCUGGGAUACUUCCUGAAACAAGCCCCGGACUGUUACACCUGAAGCUGCAACUGAGCUACUUCGAGGAGAUGCAGAAGAAGCUGAAGCAACAGGAGGGUGAACAGAAGGCCCAAGAGUUGUUGUCUAAGGCCGUCUAUUUGCUCAGCAUGGGAGGGAACGAUUACAUGCACGCCGCCAUGCCUUCCUUCGGCAAGUCCACGCCUCCCCUGCUCACAGCCUCUUAUAAGAAGCAGUACAUGGUCGUAGUUCUGAGCAAUCUCACUUCUGUGGUCAAGAAAGUUUACGCAAUGGGCGGGAGGAAAUUCAUUUUCCAGACGGUGGGCCCACUGGGUUGCAUGCCAUCGAACAGGAUAGGCUCGGGAUCUAAGGGCUGUGCUCACGAUGUCACGGUUCUGGCCAAGACGCACAACAUAGCACUGUCGAAGGUCCUCCAGAAGCUAGAGAAGACGUUGACCGGAUUCAGAUAUGCUCUGUUUGAUUACUACUCUGCUCUUGAAGAGAUAACCACAUAUCCCUCAAGAUUUGGUUUCAAAGAAGGGCAGACAGCAUGCUGUGGAAGCGGGGAUUUCAACAGGGAGCUCACAUGUGGGAAGAACGGCACCACUGCUUACAACCUCUGCAGCGAUCCGAGUCAGUACGUGUGGUUCGACUCGGCUCACCCCACCGAGAGCGCCAACAAGCACCUCGCAUCCCUCUUCUGGAGUGGACCCCUCAAAGUUGUGUGGCCUUACAAUGCAAAGGCUUUGUUCCAAAUGCCUUAACAUUAUUCCUAUCAGGACAAAUAAUUCUCACUAUAUUACAUAACCGGAAAUCUUGGGAUUUCGAGGAUCAGCGGAAAUUGGGAAGUUAAAGAAUAUAUCAAUUGUAACCUUUUCUGGUUGAUUUUCCUUGUAUUGUUGAGAUCUCAUUUGUAUGUAUUUAUGUGGCACCAUUAAUGAAAUACAAGAUACCGAUUAAUGCUUGAUUAAA